AUGGCUUUUGAGGCUGGCUUGGUUCGACUUAUUCUUUGUGGUUCUCCCAUGCUCUUUUACAAGUUUCCUAGAUCUAAGAUUGCAAAAAUAAUUUCUCGGCAAAAGGAUAGAGCAAUUCUUGCAUCAACUCUGAAUUGUGUCACUAAUGUCAACAACAAGAUGACUGCAGGAUUACUUGGACAAGAAAGAGUCUACUUAAAUUCUGAAUCUGUGUGUGCUGAGGGGGAAAAUAUGAAAUUUGAGUUAGAAGCUUUCUCACCAGAGAUUCUAAAUGGAAUAAAUUGUUCAGAUCUACCACCACACAAGUUGGUUGUGAAGGUUGGCGCUCUCGUUAUGUUUCUGCGGAAUAUAGACCAAACUAAUGGUUUGUUCAAUGGAAUGAGAAUGCAAGUUAGAAGAAUGGAAAAUCAUGUGAUAGAAUGCAAUACUUUAACUGGUAACAAAGUUGGAAGUAUUAUUCUUAUCCCAAGACUGAAUUUAAUUCUAAAUAACGAAACAUUACCGGUCAGGUUUCAAAGAAGACAAUUUCCAAUUAUUAUGUCAUUUGCAAUGACAAUGAAUAAGUCUCAGGGACAAACUCUAUCAAUAGUUGGAAUAUACCUUCCAAGGCCAGUUUUCAACCAUGGUCAAUUGUAUGUUGCGUUAUCAAGAGUAACGAGUAAAGAUGGUUUGCGAAUGCUGUUGCAAGAUCACAGACACUUAAAAGAUAACUGCACGAUGAAUGUGGUAUAUAGAGAAGUUUUUGAGAGCUUAUAA